GUCGUACUACUAUACGUUUCGUUUUUUCCUAUUUCAGCCCAAACUGUACUACACUAUUACUACUACCACUCCACGAUUAUUCAGCAUAAUCCCUAAAUACACAUUUAUUACAUUCACCAAACCCUGUAACCACACAGAAACCUCUUCAGAUCUCACAUCCAUGGAUCAUGGCGGUAACAUGCACGGUGGCGGCAUGGAAGGAAUGACCAUGCCACCAAAAUCACCACCAUCAUCAUCAUCAUCAACCAAUAACACCAUGAUGAUGGGUCAUAAGAUGCACGGUAUGAUGCACAUGACAUUCUUCUGGGGCAAAGACGCUUUAAUUCUCUUCAACAAUUGGCCUAACGGUGAUACCGGUAUGUAUGUAUUAGCGUUGAUCCUUGUUUUCGUCAUGGCCGUACUCAUUGAAUUACUCUCACGUACACGGUUCAUUAAACCCGGUUCAAACCAUGUUGCUGCCGGUUUGUUUCAGACACUUUUGCAUGUUCUUAGGGUUGGGUUAGCUUAUUUGGUUAUGUUGGCUCUUAUGUCUUUCAAUGGUGGUGUGUUUUUGGUUGCUGUGCUUGGUCAUGCUCUUGGAUUCUUCUUAUGUAGCAGUGCUUUUAGGAAACCAAAACAACAUGAUGAGGCUUAUGAUCUUCCUCCGUUGUCUUGUUAAUUGUUUCUACUGUUUCUUAAAUUUAUACCUUUUGUUUCCUUUGUUAGUUAAUUAUAAAUUAAUAAUAAUCACAAAACUACUACUAUUUUGCAGUUAUUGUCUUGGGUAUCAAACUUUGUUAUGAAAUUGCAGUUGGUUUAAAAUAUAGAUUUCUUUUUGAA